CCAGCAGGAGAGCAAGCAAAGCUGUCGCAUCAUCGAUCUAUCAAUCUAUCUAACUAUCUAUUAUAUCUGUUCUAUUCUAUUCUAUUCAUUCUCCCUUGCGCCAUCGCCGCCCUUUUGUUUCUCCUUUCUCCCCCCCACCCACCUUCACACUUCUUCUUCCUGCGAGGGCCUGGAGUCCCCCCCCCCCACGUCGUCGCUGCUGCAUCAUCAGAUAAUAACAACGACUGGUGGAAGAAUAGAGAAGUACGUUGGCACUCAUGUCACCCCAGCAACCGCAAUUACGAGUCCCUGAGGUGGCCGAGAACACUGACGGAUGGGGUCCUCCAGAUGAAAAUGCCACUCUGCCGUCUCAGCUUCAGAAUGUCCCCUAUGCUCCUUUCAUUAAGAGCACACAUCUAGGCCGUGCUUCUGACUGGACUCGCAACCCUCCCAGCCGCUAUGGUCAAAACCGUGGCGGCGAUGGAGUAUUUGAUUACUUUUUUGAUGAGCAAGACGAAGAAUCGUUUCGACUUGUAGAUGGGAAACCUCCUGCACGCCCUAAGUUUGGCCCCAGGUGGCGUUUUCAGCAGAAGCCACAGUUGCCUCAGCGAAAGGAUGAAGAAGAUGCUCGAAGGAAAGAGGCAGAGAAAGAGAGGUUGCGGCGAGACAAGUUUUAUAAUCAGAACAGGAAUUUGCAAAGGAGAGAGACUGCUACCUUCAAAAGUUCUGUUGAUAUUCAGCCUGACUGGACGAUGCUCGAGCAAAUCCCAUUCUCUACUUUUGCCAAACUCAAUUACUUUGUUGGAGAGGCGGAGGAUCUCGCACUCUGUGGAGCUCUUGAGUACUAUGACAAGACGUAUGACCGUGUGACACCUAAGAGUGAGAGACGACUUGAAAGGUUCAAAAACAGAAACUUCUUUAAGGUCACUACUACAGAUGAUCCCGUCAUCCGUCGCCUAGCAAGUGAGGACAUGGCCACCGUGUUCGCUACAGAUUCAAUUCUGUCAACACUUAUGUGUUCUCCUCGAUCUGUCUACUCUUGGGAUAUUGUGGUGCAAAGAGUGGGCAAUAAGCUUUUCUUCGAUAAGCGAGACGGUUCACAGUUGGACCUGCUGACUGUGAGUGAGACGGCUCAAGAAUCCCUUCCCGAAGGCAAGGAUGAUAUCAACUCCGCUCAAAACCUAAGCAUGGAGGCUACUGUUAUUAAUCAGAACUUCUCUCAACAGAUCCUUAUCAAGGAUGGAAACAAGUUCAGUUUCCAAGACCCGAACCCCUUCGCUUCCGAAGGAGAGGAGGUCGCCUCUGUAGCAUAUAGGUACCGUCGAUGGAAACUGGAUGAGAACAUUUCCUUGGUUGCAAGAUGUGAGGUCCAGAGCCUAAUGGAAGUGAAGGGCCAGAGAACACUUAUGACCCUAAAUGCUUUGAACGAGUUUGACUCUAAGUUCACCGGCGUCGACUGGCGUCAAAAGCUGGAGACUCAAAAGGGAGCAGUUCUUGCAACUGAGCUCAAGAACAACAACAACAAGGUCGCGAAGUGGACUGCACAAGCGUUACUCGCAAGCGCAGAAGUCAUGAAAAUUGGUUACGUUUCUCGUCUCCAUCCCAGAGACCCUUACAACCACGUCAUUUUGGGCGUGCAAGGAUACAAGCCCAAGGAGUUCGCUGGGCAGAUCAAUUUGAACUUGAACAAUAUGUGGGGUAUUGUCAAGUCAGUUAUUGACAUUUGCAUGAAGCUGGAGGAAGGAAAAUAUGUAUUGGUGAAGGAUCCCAUCAAGCCUCAAGUGCGCUUGUAUGAAGUUCCGGCGGAUUCUUUCGAGAAUGAUUACUUGGAAGAGCCUAUCCCAGAAGAGGAGCAAAUGCAACCCGUGCCUGUUGAAGAACCCAUCGUGCAGCCGGUUACUGAAGAUAAAGAAGCCGAAGUGGAUGCAGAUGUACUGCGUUGAGAUGAAUUUGAGCAUGUUGGCGUGGUGUAAGAAGGAGCGUUACUGCACAAAUCGCUACAUUGAUGGGCUCUUAUUUCGUCUAGUGCUGCUUGCGGGGAAUAUUGCAGUUAAUUGGUGUAUUCAAAUGAUGUUGAAAGGGAUCCAGGUAGAGUGUUAACAUUCGUGAGACUUCCGAAGAGGCUGACAUAGAAGGUAAAAUGCCAAUGUAUCUUAUUGUAGUUGGAUGUCUUGAUAAUGCAAUGACAUUUGUCGGGUCCAGUUUGAAUGGUCGAGAUGUUUGGCAACAUAUUCAGACUUGUUAAUGUAUCCAAUGAAAUGGACAUUCCUUUUUUGA